AUGGACAUUUGCCGCCUUCUCAGUACACAAAGUCCCUCGCCAGGCCGUGCUGCUGCCGCCACCGCAGUUACUGCCGCCAACGACCCAGCAGACGAUGAAUAUACCGGUGCCACGAUCCCACAACUGCCGCCAUCGCCACUCUUUGACACAUACGAUGACCUCUUUGCCUCCCUUCGCAACUUCCACCUUUCCCAUGGCGCCGCAAUAGUGAAGGCCUCUAGCUCCGCAAGGCGGGAUAUGGGGGGCAUCAUUCAGCCAACCUACAUCGUCUUCAAAUGUGACCGCGGCCCGCGACGGCCGUCACAAAGCUCGGGCCUCAGGAAGCCGUCAUCACAGAAGCUUGAUUUGGAAGGUCAGCACAAUCACGGGCAGUCCCUUGAUCCGUCGGCGCACAAUGUCUAUCGCCGCCGCACGGUUGCCCAGCAAGAAAAGGAACGAGAACUAGCCAACGAGAAUGGUAUUAGGGCCCGCGAGAUGGCCAGCAUUAUUAGAAAAGCCGACAGCCCAGGCUACGAUUAUUUCCGCAAGCGAGAUAUCUACAAUGAUCGUCAAACCAUCAAACGCGAGCGAUUGAACGGCCUUACUGCUACCCAAGCCUCCGCCAAGGAGCCCGAGGGCGGAGGUAUUAGAGUCAGAACCUUACGCGACGAAGAGGACCGCAUCUGUGCCGUCUUUUGGACUUACGACUGGUGCCGCACAAUGUGGAAGAAGUUCCCGGAGGUGCUCAGUUUGGAUAACACAUACAAGACCAACCGCUUUGGGUUACAUCUAUUUCAAGCCACAGGUGUAACGGAUCAGAAGUCCCUGGCCAACUUCGCCUUCGGCCUUAUAAACGGCGAAAAGGAGCACCACUUCCAGUGGCUAUGUGACCGGCUUGACGAGCUUCGCAUCGACAUUGGGGCAGACACGCCGGAGGUUAUCAUCACAGACAAGGAACAGGCUCUCCGCACAGCCCUCACGAACACCUUUCCAAGUGCCCAACAGCAGCUCUGCGUAUAUCACAUCUUGGCCAACGUGCGAGCCAAAAUUAACGCCCGCUGGAAGGACACUGAGGGCGACGAUCACGACGACAUUGGUGAUGAGUCUGAUAAUGACGUAGACGCCCUUUCCUGUCAUCCAAGCGACAAGAAUGCCGAGCAGCUCGAGCCAGAGCUAGAUCUUGAUGUCGCCGCCAGAGGCCGUGUACAAGACGAGGCAGAGGACGGGCUUGCGACCUCCUCUGAUGACUAUAACCGUGAGGGCAUGUUCAAGGCUUUUCAAGCCGUGGUUUAUGCCGCUAAUCACGAUGCCUUCAAGGACGCGUGGGAGUCAUUUGCCGAGACCUUCGGCAAGAAGCAACGGCACAUCCUGCGAUAUAUUCAAAAAGAAUAUAUGCCAUGGCGCAAGCAGUGGGUGAAAUCCUACAUUGACCACUAUCGGAACUUUGGUCAAAGGGUCAAUAGCCCUACCGAGACCGCCCAUGCAGACGUCAAGUCUCACCUUGUGACAGGCACGGGAGACCUCCUUUACCUCCACCAGGCCCUUGUCACAAUGAUUGAUAACAAGUCUCGAUCCUAUCGUCAAGAGGCUGCGAGACAGAUUCAACGUCAGCGUGAUCAGUACCUCAAGCAGGCAUGGCUUGGCAAGCUUAACCUCCAGAUCACAUAUCAGGCCAUUGAUCUUAUCGCCAAGCAGUAUCGCUUUGCCCUCGCCGCCCUGCCUGAUCAGCGCGAGCCCAAACCGCUACGCCCUUGCACGAGCAACUUCGAGCACCAAUACGGCCUGCCUUGCAGCCAUCGUAUCUUUGAUUGUCUCAUGAACGGCACGCCUCUGCGACGGAGCCAGAUUGCUAUGCGUUGGUGGCUCGAGAAGCCGUUGAAUACUGACGAUAAGAUACUUAAUAUUCGCGACCCGGCUGUUGUCAUAAGCGCACGGGGCCGGCCCCGUCUGAACGCCAACAACAAGAAGCUCAAGAUCCCGCGAUACCUCAAGAUCGCGGAUUACACCUCCCAGCUGGGAAGUUGCGCCGAAGAUACGGACGAUGACGAUGCCGAAGCCGAGCCUAAACAACGGAGUCAAGGAAGGUAUUCAGCGCGAGGCCGUGGUCGGAGCCGACAGCCUAGUCGGAAUGCGGGCGGAGGAACGCGCCGACUGAACCCGAGCCUUCGCCGCGACCGCUCUCAAUUCGAGCUUGACGAGCUACAAUCACAUAUCUCGCGAGGCAACAAGCGUCGACGAGUCCGUGGCGGGGCGGCAGGACGAAGUCGUGCGGAUUUAUCUCAGGCUGAGAGGUCGCCGACAAACCAGGUCCAAGCGUCACGAGAGUCGUCGGCCGAGAGCUGCAUCAUCAUACCAGGAAUGCAAUCGGCUGCAACACCAUAA